AUGUCUAGAUAUAUACCGUCGGACUAUGCCGACCAUUCACAAGCUCCUACAGACUCAUAUAUUCACUUAUCGACUGAUCAUGGUCAAGAAUAUACCGAUGACUCUCUGACAUUUGGUGAUACAUCUAUUCACAAUGAUACUUCAUUAUUGAUGGAUCUUGUGGCAGCCAUUGAUCAGCCUUUAGUUCUGCGUUCACUGUCACUUGAGGAAAAGUUUCUGAAGAUUAAACCGAACAAUGAUAAUAAAGAGAAUCUUAAUGCUACUACAGCUACUAAUAAUGUCAAGGAAAACAAUACCGGUAUACAUGCAAGUCCUGUAUUUCCAUCACAUUCAACCCCCUUGGCGAAUCUUCGUCAUUCAUCAACCCCUAAACAUAAAGUGAAACUUGAUAAAGUGAAUGAAGUACGUCAUCAAUCAGAAGCUGAACAGUUGUUUAAAUUAUAUCAACCACAAGUAAAUGAAGAAUUAAAGUAUUAUAUUCGAAAUCUCAUUAAUCAAAAGAAAAGCAUUAGUGAAGUUCAACAAAACAUUAUAUCACAAACUCCUAGUAGGAGUGGUAGUGAUGGAGAAGAUGAAGUGGAUGAUAUAUUAAAUACAUCUGAUAAGGCAAGAUAUCAAAAUGAUUUAACUAAAAAUCAAAAUAUAAAUUUCCCAUCUCCAGAUACAACACCACCACAUUCACAAGAAUAUACUGAAGGGGGUGAUAAGAAUACAUUACAACCCAAGAAUAUUGAACCAGAAUUAACGAAUUCAUCUGGAAAUGAAAGUGAUUAUGAUAGAAGUUAUGUUCCAAAAAGUGUUAUAUCAAAAAUGAAUACACCUGAUCCUGAAAUUGAAUCUGAAGAAAAUAAUUUAAGAUUACAAAUUGAAAUAUUAAAGAAAAAAUCAGAAGAAUUGGAAAGUCAACGAAAUAAUGAGGUUGAAGUUUUAAGAGAAGAAUUAAGAAGAAUGACUGAAGAUAAAGAGAAACAAUAUCAAAAAUUAGAAAAUGAAAAUCUUAAAUUGAAAAUUGAAAUGGGUAAGUUAGAAGUUAGAUUACUUAAGGAAGAGAAUAAUGAGGAUCAUUUCCAAACAAAUAUUAAUGAUGAAGAAGAGAUGAGCCCAGGAGUUAAGGCUAAAGUGGACAUUUUGCAGGCAAAAUUGAACCUGUUGACAGAUCAAAAUAUGAAAUUAAAUAAAAAAUUGAUGAAUUCUAAAGAUCUUAAUAAAGAAUUACAAAAUGAACUUGAAUUUGCCAAAAUUUCAAGAGAAAAAGUUAAUGAAAGAAUUGAAAAAAGAGUAGGAAUAGAUGUUGAAUCUUUCCAUCCAAUAAUAACUCAACAUGAUGGAAAAGAUUUAAAUAAAAACGGGAAUAAAAUUAAUGAUAAUGAUGAUGAUUUACGUUUACUUAUUAAAGAAUUUGAAAUUCAAAUUGGGAAUAAGAAUGAUUUAAUUACCAAGGAUACAGUUCUGUCUGUUUUCAAAAAUCAUUAUAUCAAGUAUAAACUUGAUGAAGUUGAUAAUCUUUCAAAAGUUGAAUUGAUUAAUUUAGUUAAAAAUAUCAUGUUGAGUUUACUUUGUGGGGAAUUAUCAGAGCUUCCACUUUCAAUCAAUAAGAUUGCAAAUAUUAUGAAAUUAGCCACCAAAUUUAUGGAUGAUAUACAUGGAUGUAUUUAUCAAGAUAAUAAUGGAAAUCGACCAUCUACAUAUGUUAAAGCGCCCCAUAAUGAGGAAGAUAUACACAGAUUACAUUCAUGUGUAUCAACCAUGGUUGCAAAGAUUAAAGAAAAUUACGCUACAUAG